CGUAAAGAAGCAAACAUAUUUAUGAAAGUGAAUAGACGAAGAAUUGGAGGAAGAGAGCCGUUUGGCUUUUGGAAAUCUGAUGGAAAUAUCAUACUAAUCCAAAAGAGUAAUCAUACCAUUGGUUGCAAAAAGACCUUCAUCUUCUAUGGAGAUCAAACUACUGACUGGAUGAUGGAGAUAUAUACAAUCGUUAAAGGCACCAUUGAGUUGGAUGACUGGAUUUUAUGCAAGGUUUAUAGGAAUGAGAAAGAAAAUUAUGACUCAGACUGCUAUUCAGAUUUAGAGACAGACUAUUAUGACUCAGAAUGCUAUUCAGAUUUAGAGACGGACUCAGACUCAAAUUGAUGGUGUUUUAUAGCAGUAUGCUUCCCAAUGCAUUAUUUUCCAAUUUAUUCAUGUAACAUAAACUCUUAAAAGUACCCUUAAGCGAUGUCAACUAGUUAAGCCUUUUUGUUUCUUCAGUCCCCUUAAAAGGAUGGUUUAGUAGCUAAGCCUUUUUCUUUUUCUUUUUUUUUUUUUCCUCAUCAUUUAAAAAGUCAGCUUAAGAACAGCUUAAUGGUAAAAUGAUUUUUAUUUUUAUUUUAUUUUUUCACAUAAUGAGAGAGUCCCAUUAGGGAUGGUCCAUCCACAAACAACCAUGAUCUUGUAUGAUAAAGAAGUUUCUUUAUGGGACUGCCUUCUUUUCGUUUUUCCUUUUGUGUUGAUAUAU